AUGAGUCUGGGAAUCAUGGAAGAGGAAGAUCUGGCCGAGUACUUCCGGCUGCAGUAUGGGGAGCGGUUGCUACAGCUGCUACAGAAGUUCCCCUCCAUUGAGGAGCAGUUGGAGUCUCCAUCCAUUCGGUUAUUGGAGAAGAAGAAGGAGGCCAAGGUCGUGCACCAAGCCAUGGAGGAGAAGAAGGAGACAUUUAAACGCAAGAUGGAAGCCUUGAAUCUGCGCUGGGAGGAACUUGGCAUCAAGGAGGCCCAGCUGAAGUCUCACAUCCAGAAGUUUGAGCAAUUCAUCCAGGAGAAUGACCAGAAGCGGAUCCGCGCUCUGAAGAAGGCCAACAAGGAGCGAAUGCUCAAGCGGCAGCGCAUGCGGGAGCUGACCAAGGCCAAGCAGGAGUUGGGGGCCCUGCGGCUGGAGCACCAGCACCUGAGUUCCAAGCUGCAGGGCUACUCCGUCUUCAACAAGUACUUGGAGCAGGUGGUGGAGAGCUCUGAAUUUGAGGAGAUCCAUGAGGUGAUUGCGCGCUACAAGACGCUGGUGAGCAUGCACCACGACCUCAUGCAGUCGGUGCAGCAAGGCCAAGAGAAGAUCGAGCGCGCCAAGGCGCGGCUGGUCCACUACAUGGAGGAGAAGAACGAUGAGAUCCUGCAGCACAACAAUGAGCUGGCGGAGCUGCAGAUGCGCUUUGACCGUGCGCGCAGCGACGUCAUCGUCUGGGAAUCUCGCUGGGCUCACAUCCAGAACACUGCCGCCAAGAAAACCCUCCUGUUGGGCACCAUCAAGAUAGCCACACUGAACCUCUUCCAGAUCGUCAACAAGCAGCUGAAGGAUUCGACUGUUGUGUCCCUGGAGGACACGCAUAAGCAGCUGGACAUGAUCCAGCAGUACAUCCAAGACCUGUCGGACAUCUGGGCAGAGGUGAAGAAGAAGAAACAACAGCAAAUCCGGAUUUAA